GGGCCUUGCAGUGCGUGACGUCAGCAGCCUCCGCCCUCCGCCGCUUUGCUGCAUCACCAGCUCCUGCACUGCUCACUGCACAGGCCCGAGCACCCCCUGACCGCUGCAUGCACUGCCCCUUCCCGGAGAGCACCCAGGAGGAGACAUGGCCAAAUCCGAGCAGGUCCUUGUCCUGGAGCCUCAGCAUGAGCUCAAAUUCAAAGGUCCUUUCACAGAUGUCGUUACAACAAACUUGAAACUCGCGAACCCCACAGAGAAAAACGUUUGUUUCAAAGUAAAGACCACGGCGCCGCGCCGGUACUGUGUGCGACCUAACAGCGGGGUCAUCGAUGCCGGCUCCUCCAUCAAUGUAUCUGUUAUGCUCCAACCCUUCGACUAUGAUCCUAAUGAGAAAAGCAAACAUAAGUUCAUGGUCCAGUCCAUGUAUGCACCGCCAGACACCACCGACAUGGAAGCCGUUUGGAAAGAAGCUAAGCCGGAGGAAUUGAUGGACUCGAAGCUUCGGUGCCUGUUUGAGCUACCUUCUGAGAAUGACAAGCCUCAUGAAGGAGAAGUGAACAAGGUCCUCUCUAGCAGUGUAACAAAGACAGAAUCCACCUCCAUGUUCAAAUCCGUAAGUUCCAGUCUGGAAGACACCGAGCAAAAGAAGGUGUUAGAAGAAAACAAGCGGCUGCAGGCGGAAAUCCAGAGACUACGGGAGGACUGCAAACAGCUUAAGGAGGAAGAUGGGUUGAGGAUGCGAAAACUUCAAGCCUCCAGUAACCCUGUGUCUUCAUCCACUAGCCUUGUAAAAGAAGAAGGCUUAAACCCCCGGAUACUCGCCCUGGCAGUCUUGCUUUUCAUUAUCGGUGUAAUCAUAGGGAAAGUGGCCUUGUAGACGUCGCAUGCUUUAACGGAAACGAGAAACAAAAAUUACAGAAUCAUACUGUCAAUGGUUUAGCCAUAUCAAAGAAAUUGAAAUUUAUUCAUAACGAGAGCGAGAAAAAAAAGUACAACAUUUCACAGGUCCUGCCUUUGUUCUCCCCCACCCCUCCCCCGCUCAGUUCUAACAUUUUUGCUUCUAGGAUCAGACCAGUUGUACAGGAUGAUUCAUUAGCAAAGAUCAUUAUUGAUUAAAUAACAAGAAAAGUCACCUAAUUCUUUAACAUCGUACUGUAAAAAGUAAUUUUAAAGACGAAAAAAGAAAAAAAACACAUUUUUAAACCUCUGGAUAAGUGUUUCUGGUUUACCUCUUUUAAGAAAAAAUGGGGGGGGAAAAAAUCUAUUGAAAUGUCCUCACUUUAGGUCCAGUGGCGCCAUCUUACACCCUUCUGUUGAGUAGAUUGAAAGGGAAGGGGAGGGGAAGUGGAUUUUUUUUUUUAGCCCUCCAGUCUAUGUAUACAUAUAUAUAAAUAUAUAUAAAUAUAAUAGUCAUACAUGCUGCUCAUGAAGGAUUACGUCUGCGUUUAAGUGUGUAAACCUUCCCAAUCCCCCGUGAUGUAUCCCGCAGUUGCAGACUACUUGGAUUUGCUCGUGGUCAGUUGCCAGUCUGAGGUUAGGGGCAGGCCAGCCAUAGGAAGGGGGGUCAGUUAACCUGGUUGCCAGUGCUGUGCAGUACAGAGAUUUUUUUUUUGCAAUGGUUAUGGGACGCAGACCUCUAUGUACAUAAGGGAUAUGGGGUGUUCUGGCAUAACCGUGAAUAUUGGGGUGUUUGAGAAUAUUAUUAUUAUUUUUUUUUGGAAUAGGGACCAAACAGGAGGCCAUGGUUUAGUAUUUAUACAGGGUUGGGAGACGGGUCUGCUCUCCCUUGCCCCAUAAAAGCCAUUAUACAGUGUUUACACCACUUCCCUAUCCAUUAUGUUCUACCUGUUGUUCAUGUGGAGACUAACACGUUUAUGUCAUCUGUAUAUAAAACCCAAGCGCAGAUAUAGAUUGGCGUUCGUUGUCUCUAUGGGGUCUUUUUUGUGUGUUACGUCUGUGUGGGUAAACCAGAAACGUUUCCUAUGAACAUCUUUAGUACAUUGGGUCUUGUUUAAGGUUUAGCGUCCCUUGAUUUCCAUCCCCCCCCUCCUUGGGUUUAAAGGGCAUCUGUCUGUAGAUUUGUACCUGUGAUACUUGUUCACUUGUUACAUGUGCACUUGGCAGUCGAAGGCCUCUGUGUUGGUCAUAAGUGUCCUCGGUGCUGAGAAAAAUUAUGUUUUAAUGUAUGCAAAUGAGCCUCUAGGAGCAACAGGGGCGUUACUGUUACACUUAGAGGCUCUGCUCUCUCUGCAACUGCCGCUCCCUCUGCACUUUGACAGGACCUGGCAGUCAAAAUAUCAUCACGCCCGGCCUUGUCAAAGUGCUGAGGGCACUGCAGUUGUAGAGAGAGCAGAGACUCAGGUGUAACAGCAACACCCCCGUUGCUCCUAGAGACUCAUUUGCCUAUAUUUAAAUAGUUUUUUUCAGUAAUGCGGCUACAUAUGAACAUGGGACCAACACAGAUGCCUUCAGCUGCCAAACGCACAUGUAACACAUCAGCCAGUUUCAUGAGUACAAGCCUGCUGACAGAUACCCUUUUAGUAUAAAAUCUGGGGGAAAAAUUGAAAAUUAACUUCAUUAGGUGUCCCUGUUGUAAAUUAAAUCUUUCAAAAAUAUCUGUUUUGUCUUCUAGUUUUUAAUUUUGUGGAAUUUUGUUGAGGAUUUCCAUCCAAAUGUAUUUGUUGACAAACAGUGCCACCCUGGUUCGUGGACUGUAUCUUGUAUUGCAACCGCCCCCGUUUUCUAUGAAGCUGAGCUGCAGCACCAGACAGGGGACAUGAACAAGUGUCGCUGUUUCCGCCAAAGGUGCAGACCCGUUUUCUAAUCUCGUCUAACACCUUUAAGUAUUUUUGGCUACGUAAAGAGCCCAAACUGGUUGCUAAGGGUACAUUGAAGCCAGUUUUGGACAGCUGCUCUAUCUGGGACCCGCUUCAGGUCUGUUGAGCUGCACUUAGAUCAUCAUAGGACCUUGUCGUGAUCUGACUUCAGUUCAGUAGAACUUCAGAGGUCAGGAUUUUCUGGUCGUCUUAACUGAUGCGGUGCUUAAUAUAUAGUUCACGAUUGUUGGUUGCCUAGCAAUUAAUCGGUCAUAGAUUAAUCGGGUCUGUAUUGUUUCCCUUAUGGAAAUAUGAAUAAGAUUUGGUAGGUUCCCAUGGCCACUUGUGCAGCACCUUUGGUCAUCUAACUAGUAUUGCACCUUUCAUACGCCUCCAUCAUGUUACCCUUCCAGUCUGGGUUCCAGCCCACUGUCCCUAAGCACCCUACCUUUUUCCAGAAACCCCAGGUGAUAAGCUUACAUACAGACGUCUCUUGUUUCAGCUAAAGAAGAUGAGGGUGGGGGGCAGCAUUUUAGGCAGACGUACCGAGAACUAGACAGAAAAGGUUAAGGGGCCAAUAAUGAAGUCUGGGUUGAGUACUUUUUAGUCUCCUUGCUCGUUUUCUUCCCUUUUUGACUCUGUGCCAUUUCAUCCUUGGGCCUCGAAGAACCAAGUAAUGUGGUUGCUAUGGAUAUGCCUUCCUGUCAAUCCCUUGCAGCGUUUCCAUAGCAACUAGUCUACUCAUCAUAGUUCAGCUCUUCACCUUGGGGCUGGAUUGGCACAGUACUAGCAACAGAGAAGAGGGAAGGUUUUGUGUCGGCCAUACCAUUGCCCAUCCCGGCUUGCAUUAUUAAUUAGAUUUUUUUUUUUCUGGUGGUAGCAUAGAAUCCCUUUAAAAGAUUGUUAAUGACUUGCACCCCUGUUUUUCUAGUUCAAGAAGCAUCUAACGUCCAGGAUUUGGUCACUUACAUUAGCAAUCCUGUAGUAAAGGGCCAGUAUUGUAUAUAGUUUUUCUUUAGGUGGAGCUUAUAUACUAAGGAAAACAGUUACUCGUAGCUUAAAAGUAAAUCCCAUUUUAGAACAAUGUUUUUACAGUUAAAAUCUACAUUAAAAUUUGAGGAACUCUUAUAAAUGCUUUCCUUAUCCUGUACGGAUUUUGAGCUGUAAGUAGAUGUCUUCUCCUUUUCCAUCCAAAGCAAAAGUGAAAAUUCUGCCGCCACUUCCUUGGACCCUAUAUGCCAUUUAUUUAGGCAGUCCAUAGUCAUGUGACCGAUGUAAUCUGACCUUCCACAGUUCACUGCAACGUGAUCACAUGAAUCCGGCAGAAUGUUCAAUUUAUCUUUCGGUCCGAACAGAGAAUAAAAUAUGAUAAUUCAACACUUUCUCUAGACCUAACCUAUAAAGUGUUGUGAAGCCUCCUCCUUACAUCUGCUGCAGAUUCCAUGCAUUCUGUCCUACCACGCCUGUGAAUGCACCAAGAUGAGUCUUUCAUAUCCCAUCAAAUUGUACUUUUUGAGUUUAUUGCACUAUAAAAGGACCACUCCACCUACAAAGACAAGGCGGCUGUCCCAGAGCUAUUCACACUGGCCGUUCGGCAACGCCUCAGUUUCCCCGCUCCCCUCAGCCAGGUCAUGGAGAAGAACGGUUUGUUGAAUAUUGAAUUUCAAUAAGUUGCGUUAAUGUGGAAAAGUUUACAUUUAGCUGUUACCAGAUUUUAAUUUGAUGGUCCUUUAAGUGCCCAGUAUUACAUGAUCUCUGUAUUACAUUUGGACUGUGGCAGCAGAAUGAAAAAGGGGUUUGUAAGAGAUUAGGAAAAAGGAUCCACUUAUUAUUUUUUUUCUUCCAGAACCGCGCCACUUCUGUCCAUAGGCCAUGUCUGGUAUUGCAGCAGCCAGUCACAUUCAUUGGAUUGGGUUGAGAUGCAACACAAGACACGGGGAGAUUUAUCAAGACUGGUGCUUUCUGCGCUGGUUUUGAUAUCCCCCUGCGCUGCCGGAGGAUGCGCCUAAUUUAUGAUGAAUGUCCCCGUCUGGUAGUCCCUGCGCUUAAACAGAAAAUCUACGACAGACCAUAGCUGCUGUAGAUUUCUACAGCGUGCAAUUUUUUAAAGUCACUUUUCUGGCGCAAGGAAGGUAAUAACUCGGCUCAUUCACACGACCACAGUGUUUUGUGGAUAAGCAAAACACGGAUGCUGUGUGAGUUCCGCAAUUUGUGGAAAGGAAUGUGCUGCCCGUAAUAAAAAUGUCGAAUUUCUUUAAAAUAUUUUUUUUUGUCUGAGACACAGAACGGAGAAACGGCAAUUUUUGCGGCCCCAUUGAAGUUAAUGGGUCCGUAUUUGAGCCACAAAAAAUAUGACUUAUGACUGAUGUGGACCCAAACAACGUUUGUGUGCAUGAGCCCUUAUGGGGGACAGUGGCAUGUGUUCUGGGGGGAAAAAGGGAAACCGCUUAUUUUCUAAUUUUGGACAACCCCUUUAUGUUCUCUGCUAAUCCACUCUCCUACCCUCCCCAUGUCUACCUGUGUUAUCUGUCACCAAUAAGUCCGCCACCUCCUCCCAGCUGUGUAAAGCACAUUUCCACUUAGGCUGAUGAAGUUACAACUCUUGUGUAGUUCCUCCAUAGGAGACAUCCUAUGGUGAUCCUUGUUUGUAGUCUCCGCUACAAGUGGUCUGUGUGUUUCUACACUUUUAUCACACACCAGUUAGAAUUGUCCAUGUUCUGAGUUGAAAUAUUAAAAAUUACGAUAUUAAACUGUC